CGACGGCCGGGGGACCAACCUCCAUCGAUCUCGGUCAACAUGAACAUGACCGUGGACAACGUCCUUGUUCCGCCCAUAUCCUUUGCCAUGGUAGCACCAGGCGUCUAUAGAAGUGGACACCCUCUACGACUCAACUUCAAAUUUCUGGAGAAGAGGAAGUUCAAGACAAUCAUUUACAUCGCAGACCAAGACUACGACCCCGAAACCAUCGCCUUCUGCACCACACACAACAUAACCCUCCACCUAAACCCCCUGCCCCCCACAAAAGAACCCUUCCAAACCCUGUCCUCCUCCUCCAACUCCACCCAUUCCAUCACCCACGCCCUCUCCCUCCUCCUCGACACCCGCAACCACCCCGUCCUCAUCCACAGCAACAAAGGUAAACAUCGCGUCGGUGUCGUGGUUGCGUGUUUGCGGAAACUGCAGGGGUGGAGUCUGGCGAGUGUGUUUGAUGAGUAUGCGAGGUUUGCGGGGGGGAGUAAGGGGGAGGUGGAGGUGGAGUAUAAGCCUGAAUGGUUAUGAGGAAUGGGGGGAGUCAUCAUUAUGGGAAUGCAGACACUUGUGGGACGGACGGACUGGGGCAUCAGGCAUGGCCAGACACCGUGGCCAGCAAGCAGAUGGCAGGCAGGACACAACUAAGGUAUACGAAACUCAAGCUCGCGAAUGUUUUGCU